AUGUCCAAAUCGCACGCCGACGAGCGAUCUCGAAUUCUCCUGACCGAUUCGCCAGAGGUUAUCCGUAAGAAGAUCAAGGUAGCCCUGACCGAUUCAGAAUCGACGAUCACAUACGACCCGGUCCGUCGGCCCGGAGUAUCCAACUUGAUUGAAAUCCUCAGCCACUUUGAGGGUGUCUCAUGCGACGAUAUUGCCGCUGAAUACCACAGCGCCAGCCUCCGAUCGCUCAAGGAACAUGUCGGUGAGCGAAUUGCCUUCCACCUACAGGAGAUCCGAGAGCGAUACGUUGGGCUUAUGGAUGACCGAACGGGCUACCUGGAAUCAGUUGCAGAGGAUGGAGCUCAAGCCGCGCGUGCCAAUAGCCAGAUGACGAUGAGGCAAAUUCGGGAUGCGAUGGGCCUGUAA